UUCAGCAGCACUUCAUAGUACUAUGCCAACUAUAGGGCGGAGUUACAAAACGUGUAUUCAAGGUUGAAGGGCUCGGUCCAAAUGAAGAUGAAGGAAGUCGCCCUCGCCAUCUGUCAAAAGUUGCAGCGAAAGUGCUUUGAUCUCGUCCUCGAGUUGAAGUCUGUGUAGACAACAUAAUUCGUUUAUUAUCGUAAAGAUUUGAGCAUAGGCGUGUCUUCUUUCAACGGUAACUGCAAGGUGAUUUCCCCCAUCGCGCUACACAGAGGUGAAGUGUGAUCUGACAGGCAGAGAGCGAUCCAGAGAGAGAUCCAGAGAGAGAUCCAGAGAGAGAUCCAGAGAGAGAUCCACAAAGUGCCAGCCAGGAUGAUUCUGGCCAUGCUGAAGGGCUUUGGGAAGCAGCUGCUGCGUGUCAAGGUGGUGGACUGCAACACCGAGGACUCCCGUCUCUCCCGAUGUCUCAACACCUUUGACCUGGUGGCUCUCGGGGUAGGCAGUACUCUGGGAGCUGGGGUCUACGUCCUGGCUGGGGCCGUGGCUAGAGAGAACUCUGGUCCGGCCAUUGUCUUGUCGUUCCUCAUCGCAGCGCUGGCCUCGGUGCUGGCUGGUCUGUGUUAUGCUGAGUUUGGGGCCCGCGUCCCCAAGACGGGCUCGGCCUACUUGUAUAGUUAUGUCACUGUUGGGGAGCUCUGGGCCUUCAUCACCGGAUGGAACCUCAUCCUCUCUUAUAUUAUAGGAACCUCUAGCGUGGCUCGGGCAUGGAGCGCCACGUUUGAUGAGCUGAUUGGUCGACACAUCGAGCAGUGGUGCCGGGUCAACAUGGCGAUGAAGGCCCCAGGGAUCCUGGCUGAAUACCCAGACAUGUUCGCUGUCCUCAUCAUCAUCACUCUCACAGGCCUACUAGCGUUUGGAGUGAAGGAGUCAGCCAUGGUCAACAAGGUGUUCACCUGUAUUAAUGUGUUAGUGCUGGUGUUUGUGGUCAUCUCAGGGCUGGUCAAAGGAACCAUAAAGAACUGGCAUCUGAACCCUGAUGAAAUCCUCAAUAUCACUGUCAACGCAACGCUCAAUAUGACAGUGUCCUUGCCAUCGAAGGAGAGUCUGGGUCAGGGAGGCUUCAUGCCGUUUGGCUUCACUGGGGUUCUCUCUGGAGCAGCCACCUGUUUCUAUGCCUUCGUAGGCUUCGACUGUAUCGCCACCACCGGUGAGGAGGUGAAGAACCCUCAGAGAGCCAUCCCCAUAGGCAUCGUAGCCUCUCUCCUCAUCUGUUUCGUGGCCUACUUCGGAGUGUCUGGUGCCCUCACCAUGAUGAUGCCUUACUACCUGUUGGACAAGAACAGUCCUCUGCCUGUAGCGUUUAAAUACGUGGGCUGGGAGGGGGCCACCUACGCUGUGGCUGUAGGGUCACUGUGUGCUCUGUCCACCAGCCUGCUAGGCUCCAUGUUCCCCAUGCCUCGCGUUAUCUGGGCCAUGGCUCAGGACGGCCUCCUCUUCAAGAGUCUGGCCCAGAUCAGCGACCGAACCAAAACCCCUCUAAUCGCUACAGUAACCUCUGGAAUGGUGGCAGCGGUGAUGGCCUUCCUGUUUGACCUGAAGGACCUGGUUGAUCUGAUGUCUAUCGGUACCCUGCUAGCCUACACCUUGGUGGCAGCCUGUGUUUUAGUACUCAGGUACCAGCCGGAGCAGUCCAGUAUGGCCUAUCGGAUGGCUUCUACGCUGGACGAGCCAGACACCUUAGAGUCCAUUAACGAGGGCAGUGUGGGGAUCCUGCCAGGAGCAGAGGAGGUGUUCUGUGCCAAAAACCUGUUGUUCCCUCACAACACAGAACCCAACAACCUGUCUGGUUUCGUAGUCAACAUCUGUACCAGUACAUUAGGAGUGCUGGUGUGUAUCUUCUGUGUUGUAGCGGUACAGGGAGGCUUUGCUCCCUGGUCUGUCUCUCUACUGAGCUUCAUAUUUAUGGUCUGUCUGGCAGUCACCCUACUGGUCUGGAGACAGCCAGAGAGCAAGACAAAGCUCUCUUUUAAGGUACCCCUUCUCCCCUUCCUCCCAGUGGCCAGUAUGUUUAUCAACAUCUUCCUGAUGUGUCAGCUGGACCGAGGAACCUGGAUACGCUUCUCUUUCUGGAUGAUCAUAGGUUUCAUCAUCUACUUUGGCUAUGGGAUCCGUAACAGUGCAGAAGCUGCUUUAACCAAUACGGACAAUAACAUGCACAGAUACAAGCCAGCCUGCACUCUCAAUGGACAGCCAAUGGACAUCGAGAAGGAAGGCUUCCUACACAACGGCCUGGACCUGGACAACACGGUGGACGAGGAGGACGAGGACCCCUAGAGGUUGGGAGGUGCAGUGCACUUCUCCAAUGUUACUGUCUGUCUGUCUCCCUUUAUCUAUCUCAACUCUCAGAUUAGUACCAUAUGUUGUCAGAAAUAUCUUCACAUGAAGGGGGACAAUCAUGUACAAUCAGAAUGAGCUCUAUUAUGACCUAAUGUUGCAUGGUAUCAAACCUGAGACAGGUCUCUUCACAUUGGGCAGUGAUCCACCAUACCAGUUCCACUUCCACCGCUCAUGAGUCCUUCAGUGAUAUCAGUAGUAAGUACCUAACCAAUGAGUCCUUUAGUGAUAUCAGUAGUAAGUACCUAACCAAUGAGUCCUUCGGUGAUAUCAGUAGUAAGUACCUAACCAAUGAGUCCUCCAGUGAUGUCGUUGUCAGCACUGAGCAGGAGGACUAUGACAGUUCUCUUGGAAGAAAAGGGCUUGAAAGGAUCUGUGACCCUAAACAUUUUUACUAUUUAAUUUCACAUUGAAGGGCAGGGGUCGUCACUAGUACUGACGUUACUGGUGGAUUACCAUGCAGUAUAUCGCCCUCUGCUGGAGUCCUGGUGUCACUGCAUGAUAGAUGCUGAUAGCCGGAUAGAGGGUAAGUCCCAAAUGGCACACUAUUCCCUAUAGAGUAGACCAGGGCCCGUAGUGGACACAGAGGCACAGUGCUGGUUGCUGUGUUCCCCUCUACUAGUCAAGUAAUCAUCAACAUCAUCCUCCCCAAUGUCAUUACUUAGAACGACGUCAACAUUUUCUGCCUCUUAUCUACAAAUAUAUUGACUUAUUGAUGACAACAACUGAUACUUUUUCAUCCAUUUUUUUUUGUGCAGUGCCUUCUCUGCACUUCUUAGCUGGAUACCUUGUUUGAUUGAACAUCAUAUUCAGGAUGUAAUUAAUUAUAGUUCAUAUGGUCCCAAAAUGACAACUUCAGUAUGAAUUGAAUUGAGGGUGAGUGUUUGAAAUGAAUGAGCUGGCGUUGUUCCAGCUUUCGUUAUAGAAGAGUGAUGCUUUACGGAAUGUUGCACGAACCUCCUCCUCCUUGCAUUCAGAGUGUUCUUCAACAGUCAACUAGCAGUGUGGAAGAGGAGCAGUGUCCGUUUCAUGAUUGGUGAUGUGGGCGGCAGGUAGCUUAGUGGUUAAGAGCGUUGUGCCAGUAACCGAAAGGUCGCUGGUUCUAAUCCCCGAGC